GGUGCGUCAUUCAUUAUUUCAUUUUGCUCCUUCACUGAAUCACACUGAUCUCGUUUUUAGUUUUUACUGCUCCAGACCGAAAGAAGGGGCGCGAAUCGAGUGUUUCUACAUUGAGGUCCGGUUUCUGAUUCAGCAUAAUUGACUGCUCAUUUCUAAGGAUCGAGAGUUCAAGAUGGUUGUUCUAGCAGCUUCCAUUGUAACCAAAUCUGGGAAAGCACUUGUUUCGAGGCAGUUUGUGGACAUGUCUCGAAUUAGAAUUGAGGGAUACCUUGCUGCUUUCCCAAAAUUGGUUGGAACUGGAAAACAGCACACUUAUGUUGAGACUGAAAAUGUGCGAUAUGUUUAUCAGCCAAUAGAGUCUCUGUACUUGCUGCUUGUCACUAACAAACAGAGCAACAUUCUAGAAGAUCUGGAGACACUUAGACUGCUUUCAAAACUCGUGCCUGAGUAUUGUUAUUCCCUAGAUGAGGAGGGCAUAUGUAAAACAGCAUUUGAGCUCAUUUUUGCAUUUGAUGAAGUCAUAUCUCUGGGGCAUAAGGAGAAUGUUACGGGCGCACAAGUCAAACAGUACUGUGAAAUGGAGAGUCAUGAAGAAAGAUUGCACAAGAUGGUCUUGCAGAGCAAGAUUAAUGAAACUAAGGAUGUCAUGAAGCGCAAAGCUAGUGAGAUUGACAAAAGCAAGAUUGAGAAGAACCGAGGAGGUGAGAAAGGAGGUUUUAUGUCCCUACAGUCAAUGGGCUCUGGAAGAAUGGAUUCUGGUUUUGGCAGUGAUACAAGCAUGUCUAAUACUGGAGGUGGUUUUGGCAGUGGAUUUGGAUUGCCUGCUGAUUUGGAUUCAUUCUCUACCAAAUCAAAGGGUCGCCAACCUACAUCUGCUACAGCUCCACCAAAAGGUCUUGGUAUGCAGCUAGGAAAAUCACAAAAGACCAACCAAUUCUUGGAAUCACUGAAGGCUGAAGGUGAAGUUAUUGUCGAGGAUGUUAGACCUAGUAUAGGCCAGUCUAAGCCAGCAAGUCUUCCACCAACUGAUCCUGUCACCUUGACUGUGGAAGAAAAGCUUAGUGUAACACUAAAACGUGAUGGUGGAGUCAGCAACUUUGACAUGCAGGGAUCCUUAUGUCUCCAAAUUCUUAACCAAGAAGAUGGAUUCAUCCAAGUUCAGAUUGAUACCAGCGGUAAUCCAGCAAUCCUUUUUAAGACACAUCCAAAUGUCAACAAGGAAUUGUUUUCCAAUGAAAAUAUUCUUGGCCUCAAAGAUCCAAAUAGGCCUUUUCCCACUGGCCAAUCUGGUGAUGGUGUUGGUCUGUUGAAAUGGAGAAUGCAAUCAACAGACGAGUCAAUUCUGCCAUUGACACUUAACUGCUGGCCUUCAGUUUCUGGAAACGAAACCUAUGUCAACAUUGAGUAUGAAACUCCAGCAAACAUUGAUCUUCAGAAUGUUAUAGUUUCUGUGCCUCUCCCAGCUCUCAGAGAGGCCCCAAACGUACAGCAGAUUGAUGGGGAUUGGAGGUAUGAUUCCAGAAAUUCUGUUCUGGAAUGGUCUAUAGAUCUCAUCGAUGCCUCAAAUCGCAGUGGAUCUCUAGAAUUUGUUGUUCCUGCAGCUGAUCCAUCAUCCUUUUUCCCAAUAUCUGCCCGUUUCACCUCUUCAAAAACUUUCAGCGACUUGAAGGUUACCAACAUUUUGCCGCUGAGAGGUGGGGCCACACCCAAAUUCUCUCAAAGAACUCAGCUGGUUACUGAGAACUACCAAGUGGUCUGACAAUACUCAAACAGAAAGAUGUGUAGCAAUUAGAAAUUGUUCAGUGUUUGAAAUGCAAAAAAAGUUCAUCCUCUUUAACCGUUUUGUUUACCAGUGUGGAAUUUCAAGACUGAGUACUGCAUGUAUAUGGUGGAUGGUGUUGGACAUGUUCUAAAAUGUGCACUAAUGUUGUACUCUAAUUUCUUUAGUCGCGGUUUUCCUCCUUGAACAACAGAUUAUUAUAUGAAGAGGUUGUGUGUUUUUCUCUAUAAA